AUGUCUGUAGUACCUAUAAUCGGCGAAGGAGAGUUCGAAAUUGAUGAUGAAGAAGUUGAGCGAGAAGAGUUUGAACUCGACGAAUUGUUGGGAAAUUUCGUGAGUGAGCCGCCAAUUCAGCAUGACGUCUUGCCUGAGAGUGAUGAAGAUAAUGAGGAAGAAGAAGAUCCUGAAGCCCCACAGAGAAUGAGGACGCAUAUAUGCCGUGGUGAUGGGCAUUUGUACCGAGACCAGACAUUCUUCAAUGGUGUGGCUUUCAAAGACAGAGUCCUCGAUUAUGCUCUUAGGACUCGCUGCAAUAUCAGACAAUACAGGUAUGAUAAGGAUAAGCUUGGUUUCGAAUGUGCUGGUCAUGGUGAGAAUGAUGAAGCUUGUGGCUGGAAAAUUUAUGCUUCGAUCCUUCCGAGGGAUAAAAUUUGGAGAGUUAGGUUGUUUGUAGAUAACCACACAUGUGAGGUUAAUGGAGAGUGUGAGAUGGUGAAGGUCCCUGUGAUAGCUAGGUUGUUUGUGAACAAGAUCCGUGAAGAGCCGGCAUACUAUAUGCCUAUGAAGAUCGAGGAAUUGAUCAUGUUUGCACGCCUUAAAGAUUAUGCUGCCGAGAUAGUAGAAUCAAAUCCUGGUUCUUCUGUUGAAGUAGACACGUUCCAGAAUGAUGAAGGUCAAGAUGUCUUCAAUCGAAUCUAUAUUUGCUCUGACGCCCUCAGGAAUACUUGGAAGGAGAGUUGUAGGCCAUUGAUAGGACUUGAUGGUUGCUUCCUCAAAGAAAGAAUCAAGGGACAGUUAUUGGUUGCUUUAGGUAGAGAUGCAAACAAUGCAAUUUAUCCAAUAGCUUGGGCUGUUGUAAAGGUGGAAAAUAACGAGAAUUGGCAAUGGUUUAUGCAAAAACUGAAGGUUGAUUUGGAUCUAAAGGAUGGUGACAACUACAUUGCUGUCUCAGACCGUAGCCCGGGAUUGAUCAGACCUAUUAAGAUAGAGUUGCCUAAGAUGGAGCAUCGGAAGUGUGUAAGACACAUCUACGGGAAUUUGAAGAAGAAACAUGGCAACAAAAAACAGAUGAAGUCUUACAUAUGGAGUGUAGCAUGGAGCUACAAUGAAGCAAAGUAUCAGAAAAACUUGGACAGGUUAAGUUCCUACGAUACAUGUGUGUAUACAGAUGUUAUGGCUAAAAAUCCGAAGAGUUGGUGCCGAGCUUUCUUCAAGCUGGGAAAUUACUGCGAAGAUGUGGAGAACAACUCGACAGAGUCCUUUAACAGCUCCAUCAACAAGGCAAGAGAGAAGCCAUUUGUGCAUAUGCUCGAAACAAUAGCAAGACUUGCUAUGGUACGUAUAGCCACAAGAUCCAGAGAAUCUCAUGAACACCAAGGAAAAUGUACACCAUAUGUGCAGAGAGUUCUCGCUAAGGCUCUUGUUGAUAAGCCCCUUAAAGACGGAGCCAACAAAUGUGUUGUUAGAAGAAGCGUUAAAGGCUACUUUGACUCAAGAUUGAAUGGCCAAACUUAUCGUGUCCAUUUGGAGAAAAGAACUUGUUUGUGCAGGAAGUUCGACAUCACUGGAAUUCCAUGUAAGCAUGCAUAUGGUGUGAUGCUGAAGUUAAAGGUUGAUCCGUCAGACUAUGUUUGUGAGUGGUUUCGCACGGCUAAAUGGAGAAGAAACUACACAGAUGGAAUUGUUCCAGUCAGGGGUUCUAUGUUUUGGCCCAAAACAGAUGCUCCUGAUGUACAUGCUCCACCUGUAGAGGAUGAACAAGGGGAAGAAACAGAGGGAGAACGAGGGAAAGAAACAGGGAAGAAGAAGAAGAAGCUCACCAAAGCGGAUAAGACAAGGAAAAGAGGUGUGAAUGAGUCACCAACCAAGAAGCUACCAAAAGCCAAGAAAAUGACUAUGCAUUGUGGCAUUUGUGGUAAGGCUAAUCACAACUCGAGGUGGCAUGCAAAGCAGGGCAAGCAUGAUGAUUCGGUACCGGUAAGCACAUCUCAAACUGCAGGUGAAUCCUCACAAGGAACUCUCACUCAAGCUAGUGUUUCUCAAGCUUGA